AAUUUUAUCCAAAGCAAAUAUCAUCGAGGUAAUUCAGAGCUCAAUAUUUCAUAUUUCAGAUUAGGGUGUUAUGAUCGAUUUCGGUGCAUUGUAUCUUAUGUUGAUCUCCGUUUUACCAUCAGAGGUUGCAUUGUGUAUACAAAUGAGGGGAAGAAGCUACAGUUACAGUCCCUCACCUCCAAGGGGAGGUUAUGGUAGAAGAGUUCGGAGCCCUAGCCCUAGAGGUCGUUAUGCAGCUCGUAGUAGAGAUCUUCCUACCAGUCUUUUAGUUCGCAAUUUGCGACGGGAUUGUAGACCGGAAGACCUCCGUAGGCCAUUUGGCCAAUUUGGUCCUCUUAAGGACAUUUAUCUGCCACGAGAUUACUACUCAGGGGAUCCACGUGGCUUUGGUUUUGUCCAGUAUAUAGAUCCUGCUGAUGCUGCUGAAGCCAAAUAUCAGAUGGACGGUCAAAUUCUUCAUGGGCGAGAGCUGACAGUUGUAUUUGCUGAGGAGAACAGAAAGAAGCCGUCUGACAUGAGGGCAAGAGAGCGAGUGAGGGGUCGGUCAUAUGAUAGGCGACGAUCCCCCGCUCGGCACUCACACUCCCCACGUUAUUCUCGGUCGCCACGCCAGGAACGAUAUCGGUCUAGGAGCCCAGGUUAUUAUCCCUGCUCUCCAAGGCCAGGGCGUUACUCAAGGUCAUAUUCGCCUGACGAGAGAAGGUACAGACGAGAGUCAUCCUACUCUCGUUCACCUCAUGAAAGAGGGCCAGUUGGUCGAAGUAGGAGCCGAACGCCUGAAAACUAUGCGAGGGCACACAGAGAAAGAUCAUUGUCAUCUAGCCAGUAAAAAGGAGUGUUGCAUGCUCUUGAAGUUUUAGGUGUGAAUGGUUCAUUGUGACUCAAGUUUGUUGAUCAUUUCACUGAAGUCUAUGCAGAGGUGUUAUAGGCUUGGCCAUCGUCUAGAGCCUCAAAUUGUGGGGCCCCCAAAUUUCUAAGUUUCCAUGGAUGUACCCAACUACAAUGUCAAAACUGAUAAAAACUAAGUUAGAUGUUAGGAGUAACAGUCGACAUAAAUUGAGUUUUCGUGUUCCAUUUUUCCUCCGUUCUCCUUGCACGGACAGAGGAGUAUCAACACCUGAUUUACUCUUUUACCAAAUCCAAUUUUAGAUUACUAGAGGGACAAGAACAAAAGAGAUGAUUUGGUGUAUUUGGUCAGAAAGAUGUGAGGACGUGUUCCAGAACAGUGUUUGAUCUCCAGAAAAAAUCACACACAUGCCGGAAAUUUAUAUGAGCAUUGGGAGCUAUUCCCCUUAAAAAUGUGAAAACCA